AUGUCGUUCCUCAGAUUAUCCACCCGAUCACUUCGCACCAUCCCCACAGCAGCCCGACCAUUCUCCACGACUCCCACCAUUCGAAGCGAUGGAAUCGGCAAGGACAAGACGCAUACUGUGAACAAGACAGAUCAGCCCAACGUACAAACGCACGCUGCCAAGCAAGGGAUGGAGAACCGAAAGAAUAGCACAGGGGGAACAGCGACUUCCGAGCAAGACAGCACCAACAGUGUCGCCAAAUCGWAGAAAGAAUUUCCUGAGCAGCCGGCGAACAAUGCUGGAAUUGGGUUCCAGGACGAGAGRGGUGGAAAGGGACACUGA